GCCGAAGCGCAAUCCAAUAAUGCUUCGGGUCGGUCUCCAGCGCACCGCCAUCGGCCGGCUCGGUCGCCGUGCAUUGGCGUCGUCAACCGUGACGCCGAUGCUGCGGCAGUAUCUCGAGCGCAAGAAGGAGUACCCUGAUUGCCUUUUGCUCUACCAAGUCGGCGACUUUUACGAGCUCUUUGCCGACGAUGCGCGCCGCGCGUCGCACCUUCUGAACCUGGCGCUGACGCGCAAGGCCAAGUCCAAGCAAGCCCACGACAUGGACAUCAUGUGCGGGUUCCCGAUCGCGUCGCUCAACACGUACGUCGAGAAGCUCGUGCGGCACCACGGCGAGAAGGUCGCCAUCUGCAACCAGACCGAAUCGGCGACGGCCGCCAAGCAGCGCAAGGGCGUCGGCGUCCACGCGCUCGUCCAGCGGCACGUUGUCCGGGUGGUGACGCCUGGGUCGCUCACGGACGACUCGAUGCUGCUCGCCGGCCAAAACAACUAUCUCGCCGCCAUGACGCAAAACGCCGAGGCGCUUGAGCUCGCGUGGACCGACGUCUCGACAGGCGAGUUUCACCGCUUGGCGACGACCUUGGAUGAGCUUGAGAGCGAGCUCUGUCGCCUCUCUCCGACCGAGAUGCUCCUCCCGAUCAACGCCGCGACAAGUGCAACGGAUUCCUUCUGGCAGCUCGUCGAGGCCAAACUGCCCGCGCACUGUCUCAAGACAUACCGACCAGCAGCGCUCUCGGCGUCGGCGUCGGCCAUGAUCACCGAGUACCUUCGAUACACGCACCUCCAGACACACGCGCCGGAAGAUGCUUCAGCGCUGCAGCCGCGCAUGCUCAUCGACGCCAGCGCGUGGCGGUCGCUCGAGAUCACCAAGUCGAUGCACGGGACCAAGCAGCACAGCCUUCUGCAAGCGAUUGAUAAGACCAAGACGGCGGGUGGCGCGCGGCUCUUGGCGGCGCACCUCUCGGCCCCGCUCUUGCGCGUCGACGACAUUACUCGGCGUCAAGACGCCGUGUCAUGGCUGCUCCAGGACACCCACGGACUCUCCAAGCUACGUCACGUUCUGCAGGAAUGCGGGGACAUUGAGCGGAGCCUCCGGCGUCUGGCGAUGGGCAACGGCACGCCCAAAGACCUCAAGCGAAUUAGUGACACUGUGCUGGAGAGCCAAGCGCUGGCCCACUACUUGCAGGACGGACCGCGCCACUGGCCGUGCGAGCUCAUCUCGCGUCUCCGAGGCGCCUUUGAUGUACCCGAAGUCGUCGCCAUGGCCACGGACGUGCAAGCAGCGCUCGUCGACGACCUGACGCAACUCAACCAAAAGCACGACUUUAUCCGCCCCGGGUACUCCAAGGAGCUCGAUCGGUGGCGCAGUCUCUGCCACGACUCGGUGACCGACCAGAUUCGGGACCUCCAGCGCGAGUACCAGACGCAGACGGGCAUUGCCAAGCUUCGUGUGGCGCGCAAGAAGCAGCACGUGGGCUGGUGUGUUGAAGUGCCCCAAGACACGUCACCACCGCUUACGCCACCGCACUUUCAGCUGAUUCAAACCACGACCAAAACGCUUCGCUACCGGUCGCCCGCCCUCGAUAAGCUCAACUCGGAUGUGUUCCACGCGUUGGACCAGAGCGUCGAGGUCGAAGAAGCGCUCUUCAAGGAGUUGCAAGGCCGCGUCUUGGCGGUGUCAGCCGCCAUCGAGACCUUGGGCGACGCAUUGAAUCAACUCGAUGUCGCGGCCAGCCACGCCCAGAACACGCUGGACCACCAACUGGUGCGACCGACGCUGUCGGCCACGUCGGCCGAUAUGCACAUCGUCGAGGGACGUCACUGGGUCGUUGCCUCCGCGCACGAAGCCAACUUGCGCGCGUUUGUACCCAACAGCUUGCAUUUCGCUUUCGACGACUCGUGCUGGAUCGUCACGGGGCCCAACAUGGGCGGGAAGAGCACAUUUCUGCGGCAGACGGCCCACCUCGUGCUCCUCGCGCAGAUGGGCAGCUUUGUGCCGGCCGUGAGCGCGCACAUUGGCAUCGUCGACCGCCUCUUUAGCCGGGUGGGCGCGUCGGACGAUCUGGCGUCGGACCGCAGUACGUUCAUGGUAGAAAUGCAAGAGACAGCGACGAUUCUCAAGCAGGCAACGAAUCGGUCGCUCAUCCUAAUGGACGAGGUCGGCCGCGGUACGUCGGUCCAAGACGGCGUCGCCAUCGCCCAAGCCGUGGUCGAGGAGCUUCUUCGGCGCCAGAGCCGGACGUUGUUUGCGACCCACUUUACCGAGCUCAGCAGCAUCUUUGCCAGCGCGCAUGCGGUCUCGUUUCAUCACAUGCAAGUCGCUCGCCACAAAAAGGCGGGUCUGAUCUUCUCCCACCGCGUCGUGCCCGGCGUCGCCAAAGAGUCGUACGGCGUCGAAGUAGCGGCCCUCGCCGGCUGCCCCGCCAACGUCGUCGAGCGGGCCAAGGCGCUCGUGCAGCGCCAAAAAGAUACACUCGCCUCGGCAUCAGUAGCUCCCGUUCGACCCGCGGUUUGAGUGGGCUACAUGGUCGUAGUGCUUCUUGCUGCCACGCCGGUUUGAGUGGGCUACAUGGUCGUAGUGCUUCUUGCUGCUAGUACGACUGGGCCGCUUGAAAUGCAACGCCGUGUUUGUCUUGUGCGUAUUUUGCAUAGAAACCUCGGGUGUCGGCUGAUAACGUGGCAAGUUGAAG